AUGUUCCACUCUUAUGGCUUGGAUCGCCAUGCUGAUGAUGAUUUAUCAUCUUCCGAGAAAGAAGGAUCGGUGUGGAAAAUCAUUAAUAACUUUUCUCUUAAAGAUGUCAAGUCCAGAUAUUUACUUCAAUUUCCUCUGUAUCCAAUACAGUGGAUUUCGGAAAGCACUGACUGCCUAGAUCAUCACCUGAUCAACACGCAUUCAUCAAGUGCCACCAUCUAUUCUGCACCUUUUCAAAACAAUUGUAAUUUCCUAUUUUAUUAUGAAGUUAGAAUUUUAGAUUGUCCUACGGAUCAUCCAGUGUUUGGAUUUGGACUAGCUCCACCCUAUUUUGAAGAACAAGGAAUGGUUGGAUGGGACAAACAUUCGAUCGGUUAUCAUGCGGACGAUGGCAUAAUUUAUGACUCACACGGAUCUGGAUACAGCCAGAAAAUAUUCGUAAAGUUUGAAAAAGGAGAUUGUGUGAGCUUAUUGUGGUAUAACAAUGAGGUAUACUUUGCAAAGAAUGGACAAUUCUGCCCACAUUCGUCAAAGAGGCCAUUUAACAAGUUUAUGAAUUUGUGGGCCUCUAUUUCAACCAAUACAGAGGUCUCAUCGUUUCAAGUAGUGACAGAGCCACAAUAUUUUCGAUACUUGUCGCGAGACGUUUUUCAUUUCUUACCAGAGAAACAGGAUAGAAAGCUUUGCACAAGUAGCUCUUUAACAGAUGGUCAUUUAGAAGAUGUCUCAGUAGCCUCAUCCAGUUCCAAAGUGAUGUCAGCUUCUCAUCAAACUGGCCUCUCAGCUGAAGUUUCAAAUCUUGAUCAUGAGGGCCACAUGACGAAGGAGGAUCAAAAUUUGAUAUUACAAUUUCAACAAGAUUUCACAAAGCUCAUAAGCACAAUCAAAACAAAGAAUUCCGCAAACAGUGCACUCUACCAACAGGUACAAACUUUGAAGAAGGAAAAAGAGCAAUUGCAAAUUGCAAAUUUCACCUUGAAAGACUCUCUUCAAAAACAUGAAAAACAGCACAACGAGCAAAUACAAGAACUUGAAAAACUCAAAAAGACUCUUGUGGAAGAAGCUCAGCACCCAGAAAAGAGAGUUCAGAUCAGCAAAGACGAACUGUCACUCCUUCCACUCACAACAUUGCAAAACAUGAAAACUCAGAUGGAAUCAAAUCUCAAACAUAUUCAUGAUCUUCAAUUAGAGAGAGAGCCUCGGAGGAGGUACUAUGCACCAUUUGUUUGGUUGAGAAGAAAAAGAUCUUGUUCCUUCCUGUCGUCAUUUGUGCACGUGUGA